AGUGUAAAGUGGGCGUGUGUCAGCGUUCAAAGCCAUGCUGCUCACCCUGAGAUUGCAGUAAAGGACAGUGAAGAGGACAGCAGAGAGGACGUCAUGGCCAUGCUGGUGAAAUUGCUGUCUCUUCUUUGUCACCUGGCUGUCUCACUGGCGGCUCCUGUGCCGUGUGAGCAUAGAGUGGCCAGUCUGGAGGAAGAGAUUAAGGUGCUGAGAAACGUGAUCGACAACCAGCACGGAUACAUCCUGGAGCUCCACAGCCACCAGGCUCAGCAGCUGGAGCACAUUCCUAACUCACAUCUGGGCCCCCAAAACCUCUACAGAGAUUGCUCGGAGGUGUUUGCUGAUGGGAAUGUGGCCAGCGGUUUGUAUGUGAUUCGGCCCGACGGUUCCCCCACUGUGCUCAGUGUGUACUGCGACAUGAACGAUGGGGGAGGAUGGACUCUCUUCCAGAGAAGGAAAGAUGGCAAAGAAAGCUUUGACAGAGCGUGGGUGGAGUACAAGCAUGGAUUUGGAGACCUCCACUCUCCUUCCGGAGAGUUCUGGCUGGGCAAUGAUGCUCUCCACCAUCUUUCCUCCCAAGGAACGUAUGACAUGCGUAUUAACAUGGAGGACUUUGAGGGAAAAACCCGCUUUGCAGAAUACAAGAACUUUCGUGUGGACAGCGAAAAGGACCAGUAUCAGUUGCAUUUAGGGGACUACAGUGGCGAUGCAGGGGAUGCUCUCGCUGAUGUGCACUCCGGCCAGCAUCCAGCUGCGGUAAAAUUCAGCACAUACGACAAGCAGCCUGGUGGAGAUGCCAAGUGUGUACGGCACAGCAAGUCCGGCUGGUGGUUCAGCAGGUGUGAUUCCGGGAAUCUGAACGGCCAUUACUACAGAGGUCCGUACCAAGCAAUGACUGACGACGGGGUGGUGUGGUACACGUGGCACGGGUGGUGGUACUCCAUCAAAUCUGUGGUCAUGAUGGUACGUGCUGCUGACCUUGACCAUCCACAGGCCAUUUCACAGCCGAUCAAAGCAGCACGUGGUAUCACUUAUCUUGGCCACUGAGUACUUUGCUACCGAGUACUACCAUCAUGACGGAGAGUAUUAUGCAGUUAUUUUGUUGUAAUUGAGCGCCAGCAAUAAAAACAUGACUACGA